AUCGGAGCUCUAAAAUCUCACUCACACGGUCACACCUCACCUGACCACACCAUACCAAACGUCCAAACCAAACCAAACUCCGCCCGCGAAUCUCUCCCCCCGCCGAGCCCGACCAGCCGCGAAUCCACCCACGGGAGGGGCGCGGGGGUCAUGGAGUUCCUGCAGGGGCAGAGGCUGGAGACCACGGUCGCCGUCGCGGUCGCCGUCGUCGCCGUGGCCGCCGGCGCCGCCUACCUCUUCCUCCGCAGCAGGAAACCCAGGGGUUGCUUGGACCCUGAGAACUUCAGGGAAUUUAAACUUGUUGAGAAGAGGCAACUCAGUCAUAAUGUCGCCAAGUUCAAGUUUGCGCUUCCAACACCUACUUCUGUAUUGGGUCUUCCAAUCGGACAACAUAUAAGCUGCAGGGGACAGGAUGCUGCUGGCGAGGAAGUAAUCAAGCCUUAUACUCCUACUACACUGGACUCUGAUCUUGGACACUUCGAGCUUGUCAUUAAGAUGUACCCCCAAGGAAGAAUGUCUCAUCAUUUUCGUGAGAUGAAAGUCGGCGACUAUAUGUCUGUAAAGGGACCUAAGGGCCGUUUCAAGUACCAACCUGGACAAGUGAGAGCAUUUGGAAUGAUAGCUGGAGGAUCAGGCAUUACCCCAAUGUUCCAAGUUACAAGGGCAAUUCUUGAGAACCCAGAAGACAAUACAAAAGUUCACCUAAUCUAUGCGAAUGUCACAUAUGAUGAUAUUCUUCUUAAGGAAGAGCUGGACAGUAUGGCCAGAAACUACCCCGAUCGUUUCAAGAUCUACUAUGUCCUGAAUCAGCCUCCUGAAAUCUGGGAUGGCGGUGUUGGGUUCGUGUCGAAGGAAAUGAUCCAAGCUCAUUGCCCAGCACCUGCUGCUGACAUUCAGGUGUUGAGAUGCGGGCCUCCCCCUAUGAACAAAGCCAUGGCCGCGCACCUGGACGAGCUUGGCUACACGAAGGAGAUGCAGUUCCAGUUCUAAUCAAGCCCCGCAUCUGCCGAAGGAUACCAAAAAUAAUAGCGACGGGACAUGUUUUCGUUCCCCGUUGAGUUGAGCCACAUAGCUCCGACAGACGCAGUUCGUCAUUCGCAAAGCAAUGCAUCGUAUCUCUCGAUGACAGCAUGACUGCACGAGUGCCUAAUCUGUAUCGGUGUUGCGACAUUGAACCGUUGCCAUUUUUGUGACAUCGCUGCUCCAACCUCCAGUCCAGACAUCGAGAGACAUCCACUGCCUCGUAUCA